AUGUCGCCCCUGUUGGUUUUAUUCAUUCGAAAAGGAUUAACAGAAAAGAAGCGACAUAUUUUCCGUAACAUCGUCAACAGCACUGUGACCAUCCUGUUUGUUAUUGCCGUUGUACACAUACUGCAGAGCCAAAAUGCUUCGUCUGCCGUGCAGAACUGGAAGAGUGGAAGCAUUGAUCAGGAUGAGUUAGCGGACAACUUUCCAGGCGAACACAUAAACAAAGUAUACUACACUCCACGGACAGAAAUGACUGAAAAUAUUAUGGAAUCUGUGCGUCAAACGCUGUACAUUGUGGACGAGCGACUUGAACCGUUUGAAAGUGAAAGCGAGUUAGAAUUUGCCCUGCUAGAUAACGAAUAUAUUUGCUUUGGGGUUAGCUUUCACAAUGUAUCGGAAGAAGGCGUGCUAGUGUACACGAUUCGUACUAAAAACAAUAAUUUCCAGACCGAUACAAUCUAUUCUCGCGAUGUAUUUUUCAGUUACAAAAAACGCGACAACGAGUAUAUCGAGAGUGGAUUUUUGGCGCUGCAAAAUGCGAUUGAUCAGGCAUUCGUGAUGCAUAUUACGUCAAUUCGACAGCAAGGUAUCGCAAAAACACCCCGUGUUACAAUUCGCUAUGAUCACAUUCCAGUGAAGGAAAAACAAGGACCACAGGAACCGUCGAAGAUAAAUCUUGUCAUUGCAGUUCUUGCCGUAGGGUUUACCAUAAUGAACACGUAUAUCCUGCUCCUACCGUUGGUCGAGGAGCGAGCGAAUGGUAUGAAAGAAUAUUUGAAAAUAGCCACAUCCGCAAGUUAUUGGAAUGAAGGGGCACUGUUCAUGAUAAAUUUCGUCCAGUUUAGCUUAGUAUUGUUAGUUUGUCUAGCGAUCACUAUCUUCAGUGGCGUGUGGGAAACAAAUCCAGCACAGUUGAUUUAUCUUUUCGUACUGGGGUUUGAAUUCAUAACGAACCAUGUUGCGUUCACUUUUUUCUUAAGUACCACUCUAGCAUCUUCAACCAUUGCGACCGCUGUAGCUCCCGUAACAGUUUUCGUUCCUUUGAUAUUCUCGGGUCUAAGCAAGCAGCUAAUUUUACCGCUCUGCAUAUUUCCCGUCAACGGGCUUUAUUAUGGUGGCAAAAUAUUUGAUUCCUUCAAAUCAUCAGGCCAUUUGUUUCGAGCAGGUGAUCUCUUCACUAUUGGUUAUCCCGGAAUAGACCAAAUAAGUCUGUUUCGGUUGUACGUCGUACAACUGCACGGGGCUGUACUGUGGGUAUUUCUAUGGUUUUACGUUUCGAACGUUUUUCCCGGUCAGUACGGAACCCCAAAGCCAAAAAACUUCUUUUUAUCACAGAGCUACUGGAAAACGGUGAAAAGUAGUGCUCGAAGCAGAACAAAGAGUAAGAAUAAAAUUAAUGCUGAAAGUCAGCACGAACUGCAGCAUGAUUCGGCCAACAGCAAUGACAUGGUAAACGGAUUUGAAUCUAUCAGCUUGGAGAACAUAGAUCAAGCCCCAGAAGAAACGCAGGGUGUAAUUAGUCAACAUGUUGAAGAAACACCGAAUAGAGAUUCACGGCGCGUCGUUCGCAUUUCUAAGCUAAACAAGGUUUUCAAUGGUCGCUCUGGAAGAGCCAAAGUGGCUGUGAAGGAUUUUUCGCUCUCUAUCUACAAUCACAGCAUUACAGUGCUACUGGGACACAACGGAGCUGGCAAAACAACCACGAUGAAUAUCAUCACUGGAAUACUUCCACGGUCGUCCGGGUCGAUCAUCGUGGAUGGCGAGUGUAAUCCAAACCAGUAUCGGCAAAAAAUUGGAUUCUGUCCGCAGCAUGAUGUUUUCUUUUCAUAUUUAAAUUGUCGCGAACAUUUAGAAUUUUUUGGCCGUCUGCGUGGCUUAAAUAAUGCCGAAGCCCGAGAAGAGGCAAGGUUAGUUCUAGCAAAAGUUAACAUGCUGAACAAAAGUGAAUCUCUCGUACAUACACUCUCGGGAGGUAUGAAAAGGAGAUUAAGUUUAGCAAACGCCAUUAUUGGACACACGAAGUUACUUAUACUAGAUGAGCCAACGUCCGGUUUGGAUCCAGAAUCGAGGCGUGACAUUUGGGAUGUGCUUUUGAAGCUACGCCAAAAUCAUACGAUCUUACUGACAACGCACUUUAUGGAGGAGGCUGACGUACUCGGCGAUUGGGUUGCGAUCAUGGAAGAAGGCCAGCUAGUAGCGUUUGGGUCACCCCUAUACCUAAAGCAUCACUACGGCAAGGGGUACACACUAAAAUUGCUCAAGUCGAGUAAUUUUGCUCAGAACAAAACCUGGGAACUGAUUCGUCAGCAUGUACCACAUGUCAUCAUGCGUGAUUCGGUGCAAGAAGUGUUUGCCGUCACUCUGCCCUACGACGAAAUGACUGAAUAUCCAUCUUUAUUGAAGGAGUUAGAGCUGGGUCAACAAGAUUUGGGUAUCGAAUCUAUUGGCAUUGCAAAUGCGACCCUCGAAGAGGUGUUUUUAAAUUCUAGCAACCAAAAAAUUCAGCUGGAGCAUCAUCCGGAAAGUGUCGAUUACGUAGACAACCCAAUUGUUCUUCACAAUGUUGAUUCGCCGACGUCAAUUUCAUCAACUAAAAAAGGUUUCAAAAUGACGCCAAUGCAGAUCAAAAACAUUUGCCUAGCAAUAUGGCGUAAAAAGUGGAUCCAUAUGAAAUCCAACAAGCACAUUUACGGCUGGCUUCUUGCGCUCCCUCUAAUAGUGACCGCACUAUGCUUCACAUUUACCAAUGGAAUUGCUGACGCAGCAACGGCCCUUCCGGCCGUGGUUUUGAAAGCGGACAACAUCAAAAAACCAUUGGGUAUUUUGGUUAUUAACAUGGCAGCUGAGGAUUAUUUAUUUCAAACAUUUAAUAAGGAUACGGAGCGUAUGUGGAUUAAUGGUGUAGAGCUGAUAUUAUACGAGAAUGUAUCAUUGUUCGGAUUGCCCCUUAGGGAACUUAUAGAUAAAGAUUACAUCGAAUAUCGCGACCGGCUGGUAAUUGCCCUUGAGUGUAACAUUACGAGAGACGACGUGGAAAUGCUGGUACUCUACAAUAACAAUCUCGUUCAUAGUACCGGAAUUGCGGAAUCAAUAGCCACUACAAUACUUCUUCGCUAUCAUUCCGGUCUUUCCGAAGCUCUGGUUGAAGUACAAAACAUUCCUUCUACUAGAAAACAGCUGAUAGACAUUCAAACGCCGUAUUUCUUCACGGAGCUCGUAUCGAUAGCGUUUAUGUUUUACAUCCUAAUAUACUUGCAAGUGCCCUUGCAAGAGCAUCUGACUGGCUUCCGACAGCUGCAAAAUAUCAAUCGAUAUGUGUACUGGAUUAGUACAUACACAUUCGAUUUGAUAAUUCAUUUCACGAUUUGCUCACUGGUAAUUGCGCUAGUGGUGUUAAUAGAUCGUGAAGAUGCAUUCUCUACUUCGUCGUGUAGGCAUAUAUUUUUAAUUCUUGUGCUGUAUGGCAUGCUGGCCCUGCUGGUAGUGUACAUCAUUAGCCAAUGUGUGGCAAAUACUAACACUGCCAUCACAAUCAUGAGCUAUCUUAUGAUAGUGGGAGUUGGCGGAGUUUUUUUACUCUCUAGCGAGUACGAUAACAUAAAAAAUAAUGCGGUGUGGAUAGGUAUGAUGCACAUCGUACCCGAGUUUGCACUCAAGCAUUCGAUGCGUGUGGUGUAUGAAAAUCAGAAGCUUAUGCUAUAUGAGCAUCUAGCAAGCCAACAACACGCCGGCAGCCAUUCUAAGGCGCACGAGCUCUUAAAGGACCGAAUCUAUCCGAGCAUAUUUUAUGCUACUUUUAUGAUUAUUUUCCUUGUUCUUGUAGUCGUAUUGAACGAGGGUGUAGAAAACAUUUACAUGAUGGAGAAAGUAAAGCAAAGUCGUGAAUUGGCAGGGGAAAACAUUCGGAAGGUAUACAGACAAGUAAGCCGUACGAUAUCGCGAAAGGACGAGCGUCCAAAAGUUGAGCAAGAUCCCGAGCGCCGUGGGCAAGAUGAAAUCGACAGUCCCGGUCCUUUCGAUGAUGACGUAGAUAAGGAGUCUGAGAUGGUUAAAAAGUUGUUGGAUUCAGCCAAUGCUAGUCAGCAAGAGUAUGCGAUAGUAGUGAAGGGGCUCAAAAAAAACUAUACUAAUCACGAGGCAGUUAAAUGCGUCAGUUUUGCCGUGAAGAAGGGCGAAUGCUUCGGUCUGCUUGGAAUGAACGGUGCAGGCAAGACGACUCUGUUCCAGAUGCUUUCAGGCAACUUGCCGCUCUCGGACGGCAAGGUCUACCUACAGCAAUGCGAGGUGCACGACGCUAACGCGUUUGAAUACCGUCGCCAAUAUGGCUACUGUCCACAGCUGGACGUACUUCUCGAUUUCAUGACGGUGUACGAGGUGAUCGAUUAUUUCGCGCAAUUAAAAAGUCUCUCAUCUAGAGAAAGCCUCAUAAUGAAUUGGUUGGCGAAGCUUGACAUUCAACAGUAUAAAAACCACGCAUUGCGAGAGUGCUCGGGUGGUACCAAGCGCAAGGUCAACACGAUAUUGGCUCUACUUGGAGGACCUUCCGUUGUGCUGCUAGACGAACCCACUACGGGUGUCGAUCCAAAGUCUCGACACUUCCUCUGGAAGACUAUCAAAAUUAUUCAACGAAAAAAUCAAACGAUACUCCUGACAUCCCACAGCAUGGACGAAUGCGAAGAACUUUGUAAUCGACUUUCCAUAAUGGUCGAUGGUCGACUUUCUUGCAUAGGCACCAUACCACAAUUGAAGAAACGCUAUGGCCAGGGAUAUAUUUUCCUACUCAAGUUGAACAACACACCGGCGUCUAACGAACACGACGUAGCCUUCGAUAAUCAGCAACUAAUUCUAGAAGUAAAAGAGCGUUUUAAAGCUUCGCUACAGGAGGAACAUAAGGGUUUGUUGAAAUUUGUCGUAAGCCUCUCUGUAAAACUAUCGAAUCUGUUCGAUCUAGCUAUCGCGCUGAAAGAGAAACAUGGGGAACAUAUCGUAAACUAUUCGAUUAGUGAAUCUUCUCUGGAAGAUAUAUUUCUCAAUUUUCAACCUAAAAAAAUCAGCAUUUCUGAGCAGCAGCAUUUCAUACACUAAUCAACGUACUGGCAGCUAUUGUAAUGUGGUUGGUCUACAUAGCAUAUGGCAGUGAGGACAUCCAAACACUCUCUAUGGAUUACAUUCUAUGUUUCAUUGUUGUGCACAAAGACGUUGCAGGUUAUCAUAAAAAUAGCAUGCACGUGCCUUAUGAAUUCUAGACCACCUUUACAGGUCAUAAAAUCUGUAUCUAUAAGGAACAUUCUCGAACCAAAGAUCAUUUCCUGAAAACAUAAAUACUAGGAGUUUCCAUUUAUCACUUACAUGCAAGUACUUCAAAGCAAAAAGAAAAAAGCGCGUCACUAUGCAAGGAAUAUACAUUUACAUUUAGUUAUACAUCGUCCUCAGCUAUGAGCGUUUACAGUAUUUAAUAAACAGCUUCAUUUAUAUUUUUACCGUAGCCAAAAAAUGUUAAAGUUAAUCCAAUCCCUCAUAAAUUCUCACUUAAGAGAGUAUAAUUUUAUAAUAAUUUUUGUAUACUUUAAAAGCAAAUAUAAAAUCGUGUUUUUUGGGAGUCAAUGUUUCAGAAUAUGUAGUCGUUAUUUGUGAAAUAUGUGAAGCAUUUAAUGAUGCUGCCCUUACUCAUAUUGGAUUUAAAACAAUGGCGUUAUGGUGUAACAUAAUGCAUUAGUUUUAUCAAGUUAUCAAUAAUGCAUUAGCUUUUAUAAGCGAUUAUUUUACCAAACACUA